GCCGCACUCCAGGAUCUCCAAGAGCCCAACGCAGCUGAGCUACCACAGCUCCCUUGCCCUCCUCGACCUAUCUAUCCAUUGCAUCCCACCGAGCAAAGAGGAGAAGGGUAGCAAAUCUACUAUCAGUUGGUUUGUGUGUUCGAGGAAGAAGAAGCUGGUAGCAUGGCUUUCCUGAACAUGGAGCAGCACACCUGGGCCUUCACCUUCGGUAUCCUAGGCAACAUCAUCUCACUGAUGGUCUUCCUUUCACCACUCCCGACGUUCUACCGUGUGUACCGCAAGAAGUCGACGGAGGGGUUCCAGUCGACGCCCUACCUGGUGACGCUCUUCAGCUGCCUGCUGUGGAUGUACUACGCCUUCCUCAAGUCCGGCUCCGAGCUCCUCCUCACCAUCAACGCCGUCGGCUGCGUCAUCGAGAGCCUCUACAUCGCCAUGUACCUGGUCUACGCCCCCAAGAGCGCCAGGCUCCUCACCGCCAAGCUCUUCAUUGGCCUCGACGUCGGCCUCUUCGGCCUCAUCGCCCUCGUCACCAUGCUGGCGUCGCACGGCACCCUCCGCGUCCAGGUCGUCGGCUGGAUCUGCGUCGCCGUCGCGCUCGGCGUCUUCGCGGCUCCCUUGAGCAUCAUCAGGCUUGUGAUCCGUACCAAGAGCGUGGAGUUCAUGCCCUUCUCGCUGUCCUUCUUCCUGGUUCUCAGCGCCGUCAUCUGGUUCGCAUACGGCGCGCUCAAGAAGGACAUCUUCGUGGCGAUGCCCAACGUGCUGGGCUUCUUGUUCGGCGUGGCGCAGAUGGCGCUUUACAUGGCGUACCGGAACAAGAAGCCCGCCACCGUGGUACUGGUGCACGAGGAGAUGAAGCUGCCAGAGCACGUCAAGGAGGUGGCCGGCGGCGCCAAGCAGGGCGGCGCGCCCACCGAGGGGAGGAUCAGCUGCGGCGCCGAGGUGCACCCCAUUGACGUGCUCCCUGCCGUGGCCGACGAGCAAGCCGCCGCAGCGGCCGACGAAGACGUGAUCCGCGACGACCAGAACAUGCUCAGGCCAGAGCAGCCGGCGGUCAUCAAGCCUGACGUCGCCAUUGUCGUCCAGGCGUAGAUUAGGUUUAUCAAUCAGCCCCGUUAUUAAUUCAGUAAGCCGGCGAUAAGUGGGUACGCUCAGCACACAUGCGGGCCUUCCGGCGUGGUCGCGUACGUGGCUGGCCAGAAGUUGGAGCACUGUGUGGCUGCAUCAGGUCCGCGCAUGGCAUGGCUGGCUGUGCAUGCAGAGAUCCAGCUUAGCUAGCCCGACCGACUGCAUGCCAUGUAUGAAGAGAGACCAGGAGUGAGAGCGAGUGUGAGUGAGUGAGUGAGUGAGAGAGAUGCAUGCUACAGCAGCUUUGUACUGUAUUAUCAAACAUUUUAUCAGCCUGUCACAUGCAUUGGUUUCUUUUUAGUUUA